AUGCCCGGAAAACAAUAUCGCAACCCCAAAAGCAGGGAUAACCCCACCCAAGGCCGCGAAAUCGCCAUCUCCAAAGCCCUGAGCUAUAUCCUCCGCCAUGCGGCCGAGCGCGAGGGUCUGAAGAUGGAUGCUCAGGGAUAUGCGAAUGUGGCUGAUGUGUUGGAAUGGCGAAAACUCAAAUCCCAGAAAGCGACGUUCCCUGAAAUCAUUCACGCCGUCGCGUCGUCGGAUAAGAAGCGUUUUGCGCUGCUACAUAUUCCCUCUGAUGAAGCCGAGAAGGACGCUGCGCCUACGGAGAUCUGCACCACGGAACAGGAGUCGAGUACGGGUACGGGUACAAGUUCCGGUGCGGACGGACAGGAGAAUGCGACGCAAAAAGCACUUACGGUGAACGACCCCGACCCAACGAACUUCCUCAUCCGGGCUACGCAGGGGCAUAGUAUCAAGACUGUAGACGCAGCGGCGUUCUUGGAAAAAUUGUCGCUUUCGGAGGAGGAUAAAUUACCGUCGACUGUUGUGCAUGGCACGUAUCACACUUCGUGGCCGGCGAUCUUGGAAUCCGGGGGAUUGCGCUGCAUGGGCCGAAACCAUGUGCAUUUUGCAACAGGGCCAACGCUCGAGUCUGUUCUCCCGCUGCAUAUUGAUGGGACGAGUCAUACCGCCGAAGGAUUGAAAUCUCUAGGCCUAGACGACGGACGGGUGAUCUCGGGCAUGCGCAGAGACGCACAAGUCCUGAUCUACAUAAACCUCCGAAAAGCGCUAGAAGCAGGGUGUCCAUUCUGGCGCAGUGAGAACGGGGUCAUUCUGAGCGAGGGGCUAGCCUCGAGUAAGGAUGACGGGAACGGGAAUCGGUUGAGUUUCGUGCCGCUGGAGUUCUUUGAUGUUGUUGUUGAGCGGAAGGCUGGGUUGGGGAAGAUUUGGGAGGAUGGGAAGGGUGUGCAGGAGUUGCCGGCUGAGUUGACGAAGAAGUGGAAUCCGAAGGUGAAGAAUAAUGAGAAGGGGAAGAAGAACGAUAAAGGGAAGAAUAAAGAUAAAGGCAAAGAAUAA